CGCGGUCCGGCUGUCUUGGGAGAGGUUUCUGGGKCUUGCCGCCAUGGGGAAGGUGAAUGUGGCUAAGUUGCGUUACAUGAGCCGGGAUGACUUCAGGGUCUUGACCGCGGUUGAAAUGGGUAUGAAGAACCAUGAAAUAGUUCCCUGCAGUUUGAUUGCUUCUAUAGCCAGCCUGAAACAUGGUGGCUGUAAUAAAGUUUUAAGAGAAUUAGUGAAACAUAAACUCAUAGCUUGGGAGCGUACCAAAACUGUCCAGGGCUAUCGAUUGACAAAUGCAGGCUAUGAUUAUCUAGCUUUGAAAACACUUUCCUCCAGACAGGUAGUUGAGUCUGUUGGAAACCAGAUGGGUGUUGGCAAAGAAUCAGAUAUUUACAUUGUUGCAAAUGAAGAAGGACAGCAGUUUGCAUUAAAGCUUCACAGACUAGGAAGAACCUCUUUUCGAAAUCUGAAAAACAAGCGGGAUUACCAUAAACACAGGCAUAAUGUUUCUUGGCUGUAUUUAUCUCGUCUCUCUGCCAUGAAAGAAUUUGCCUACAUGAAGGCAUUAUAUGAGAGGAAAUUUCCAGUUCCAAAACCAAUUGAUUAUAAUCGCCAUGCAGUGGUCAUGGAACUCAUAAAUGGUUAUCCUCUAUGUCAGAUACACCAUGUUGAAGAUCCUGCAUCAGUAUAUGAUGAAGCUAUGGAAUUAAUUGUGAAACUUGCAAAUCAUGGGCUGAUUCAUGGAGAUUUCAAUGAAUUCAAUCUCAUAUUGGAUAAAGAUGACCAUAUUACCAUGAUUGAUUUUCCACAAAUGGUAUCAACUUCUCAUCCCAAUGCUGAAUGGUAUUUCGACAGAGAUGUUAAAUGCAUUAGAGAUUUCUUCAUGAAACGUUUUGGCUAUGAAAGUGAACUUUACCCUGCCUUUAGUGAUAUCAGGAGAGAGGAUUCUCUUGAUGUUGAGGUUUCUGCCAGUGGUUACACAAAGGAAAUGCAGGCAGAUGAUGAACUGCUACAUCCAGUAGGUCCAGAUGAUGAAAAUACUGAAACUGGGGAGGGAUCUGAUUUCUCAUUUUCUGAUGAAGAAGUAUCAGAAAAAGCAGAGGAUUGUAGGUCAGAAAUUGAAAGGGAACAGAACUUUGAAGAUGAAUCAGGUGGUUACUGUUGCAGCUUAUCUGGAGAAUCUGAACAAACAAAAAAWGACAGUUUGUCAGAGGAGAGUGCUGAGGCACACACACUUGAAAUGACUGAAUUCAGUCAAGCUUUGGAAGAAAUAAAUGGAUGGGAAUGUGAACACAAGUCAGUAACUGAAUUUUCUGAGGAGAAGAACCAAAAUGAUAUCAAGCAAGAUGGUCAGACAGGUCAAGAAGAAAUUCCUGCUGGCUCUGAAGAGUAUGAAGAUGAAUGCCCUCAUCUGAUUGCUUUGUCAUCAUUAAACAAAGAUUUCAUGCCUUUCAGAGAUGAAGAAAAUAUGACAAAUAUUAAUCAGAAAAGAACAAGAACUCUGAGUGUUACUUCUGCAGGCAGUAUUGUUAGCUGUUCAACAAUUCCUCCGGAAUUGGUGAAACAGAAGGUUAAACGUCAGUUGACGAAACAGCAAAAAUCAGCUGUCAGACGUCGAUUACAGAAAGGAGAAGCAAAUAUUUUUACCAAGCAGCGGAGAGAAAACAUGCAAAAUAUUAAAUCAAGUUUGGAAGCAGCUGGCUUUUGGGGAGAAUAAUAAAAAGGAUGGAUAUUUUUAACGUAUAUUUUUAAGUUACCAUAACCCUAUUUACAGCUACUUGUACUCUUUAUUGGACCAAAGCCAAUAAAUAAAUAGAUAAAUAAACCCUCUU